CUUCACACUUUCUAGUCCACAGCUAGUCUCUGCCACCAACCACUGAACAACUAUUAUACCUUCAGAUCUGUGCGCGGCUACGGCCAUGGAGUCCGGCGCCGACGAAGUAGUGUUCGACUGCGAUGACUACCGCAUAUACCGGAGCGGCAAGAUGGACCGCCUCUGUCGCCCGGCGCGUGAGCCCACCGGCCUCGACCCGGCCACCGGCGUCACGUCCAAAGACGUGGUCCUUGACCCCGACACCGGCGUGUCCGUCCGCCUCUUCCUCCCCACCAGCCCAGAUCCCUCCAAGAAGCUCCCAAUCCUCGUCUUCUACCACGGCGGCGGCUUCCUCGUCGAGUCGGCCGUCUCCCCGCAGUACCACAACUACGUCGCGUCCCUCGCUGCCGCGGCCGGCGUCGUCGCCGUCUCCGUCGAGUACCGCCUCGCGCCCGAGCAUCCGGUGCCCGCCGCCUACGACGACGCCUGGGCCGCGCUUUCGUGGGCCGCCUCGGCCCAGGACGAGUGGCUCGCCGAGCACGGCGACAGCGCGCGCCUCUUCCUCGCCGGCGACAGCGCCGGCGGCAACAUAGUGCACAACGUCCUCAUCAGAGCGUCGUUCCAGCCGGCGCCGAGAGUAGAAGGCGCGAUUCUUCUGCAUCCUUGGUUCGGAGGGAACACGUUCCUCGAAGGUGAGGUCGAGGCGAAGGCCAAGGACAUGGCCAUGAUCUGGGAGUUCGCGUGCCCCGGCGCGGUGGGCGGCGCGGACGACCCGAGGAUGAACCCGAUGGCGCCCGGCGCUCCGGGGAUGGAGAACCUCCGGUGUGAACGGAUGCUCGUGUGCGCCGGCGAGAAGGACUGGCUGGCGGCCAGGGACCGAGCGUACUACGCGGCGGUGACCACGAGCGCGUGGCGCGGGAGCGUAUCUCGUGGGGGCGUAGCGUGGAUCGAGUCAGAAGGCGAGGGGCACGUCUUCUUCCUGAAGAAGCCGGACUGCGCCAGGGCCAAGGAGCUCAUGGCUCGCGUCGUGGCGUUCAUCGCCGGCGCCUGAGCCCUGAUCUGUGGGCGCACGCCGGCGCGGCGGCAGUGUGCUCUCGUCACAAACGAACUGUAAGAGUGGCUUCGAUUCACAACGUAGAUCUAAUGUUACAAUCCGAUGGAUUGGUGAGCUUGAUGAAGGACACAACAAUGGCCAUUUCCUUGGCCGCCUUCUCCGCCACGACGGAGUUGGAUCUCGCGUCUUUCGAGAAAUAAUACAUAUGCUCCUCGCCCUC